AGUGCAUAUUGUAAAUUGACAACUGUACAGUACACAUCGCAGCACCGGUAAACUUUAUACACUCAACACUGCAUCUAUUUCAAGAUGUUUGCAUUUUAGAUUAUAACAUUAACAGUUACAUCUACUCUACAUGCUGACAAAGUUAUUGCCGUGUAAUUUGUCAAACACCUGCAUUUGUCUGCUUCAGAAUUAAUAAAGAAGUCGUUUGAAGGAUUCACAUAAACCUGAAAAAAUCUUGGCAAUGCCAGACACCACCAAUGUACAAUAGGCAUCGACACCCUUCAACUGAAGACAGCAGCAGCGGUCAAAGCAGGUCUACCAGUAGAAGUGGGUACCACCAGCAGCGCAGCGGUUGGACGGUCACUACUCACAUCCCCCAGAGACUCUUUCCACAGCAGGAGGAGGAGUGGACACCGGCGACAUGACUUGCCGAGACCGCACCCAGGAGUUUCUCUCCACGAUCAAGUCCAUGCAGUCAAGACAGGGCAAUGGAGUGGCAGCCAACAAACUGAAUGGAAAGCCACAACAAUACACAGAUUUCAUGAGAAUUGCAAAAAAAAUUGGCAAGGAUCUCAGCAAUACGUUCUCAAAACUGGAAAAGUUAACAUUAUUGGCAAAAAGGAAAUCUUUAUUUGAUGAUAAAUCAGUAGAGAUUCAAGAACUCACAUAUAUCAUCAAGCAGGACAUCAACAGUCUCAAUAAACAAAUUAGCCAGUUACAACAGCAUGUAAAAGGAAGCUCACAAAAUGGCCGUCACAUGAAGUCACAUUCAAACACAGUUGUUCUGUCCCUUCAGUCAAGACUAGCCAACAUGUCAAAUUCAUUCAAAAAUGUUCUAGAAGUUAGAACUCAGAAUUUGAAGGAGCAAAAAUCAAGAAGAGAACAAUUUUCAUCAAGUCAGACGCCAUCAUCGGCCCGAUCAAGUUCAGUACUGGAUGAGCAGCAGUCAAACGGACACAUGACCAUCGACAUGGGCGGCUUAGACGGCGGACCCAGACAUAGAGGGCAGCAGUCCAUGCAGAUGGUGGAGCAGCAAGAUAACUACAUCAAGAACCGAGAAGAGACCAUGCACAACAUUGAGAGCACCAUCGUAGAGCUGAGUGGUAUCUUCCAACAGCUUGCACAUAUGGUCAAAGAGCAGGAGGAGCAAGUUCAAAGGAUUGAUGGCAAUGUUGAUGACACAGUGGCCAAUGUAGAGGCUGCCCAUGGAGAACUCUUGAAGUAUUUCCAGUCGGUCACGUCCAACAGGUGGCUGAUGAUCAAAGUAUUUCUAGUCCUCAUCGUUUUCUUCAUUGUCUUCGUCGUCUUCGUGGCUUGAUGAUCGGCAGCCGCGUUCUCUUCCAGGACGGACAUAUGCUGCUGUUCUGUUGCAGCCAGUGCCUUGGAUUUGUAGCGAAGAAAUUGAAUUAAAAAAAUAAAAACGCUUUCAACGCGAGAUAUUGGAGUAGAAUCAUUUCUGCAUUGUUCAUGCGUAAUUUUGCCAAUGAAGGACAGGAGGAGGAUAUCAUGAUCAAUGAAUAUCUGGAUGUGUAAUCACCUGUUUAACCCACUGGCUAUCGGAACUGGUUGGCUCCUGCAUGAGAGCAUAAAGGAGUAGAAGAAUUUGGUAGUCAAUGGGUUAUAGACAUAGAGUGCUGGAGGACAGGUGACACAAAUGACAGAUUGGUAAUCAUAUUUAUAGUCUUAUUACACAGACUUUUAGUAAAAUUGAGCAGGUUCUAGGCAAAAUGCCUCAAUCUGACUGCUCGCAUGUAUCCAAGCUAAUAUCAAUCUCGUCUUUAAAUGCAAUGUACGCAUCUUAAUAGACAUGGAUAUCUGAAAGUAUUCAUGAUGGGUAGUUCGUUCAGAUUUAUUCAUAAUAUCCCAUGAAGUAGUUUGCAGGUGCAAACCCUUGUUAUAUAUGAUUCUGGGCCUGAGCUGUCUCAGGUGUACAGGAAAAUCUACA